UUAUCUAAAGUACAUCUGUGUAUUUGCUUUUGGCAUCACUUUCACCAUGGCUGAAGCCUCCGCCGCCGACGGGAAAAUGAAGGAUCUCAAGAUAUCCGAGACGCAGAAGAGCAAGAAGGACGGCGCCCCCAAAAAGGCUCCCAAGGAAAAGAAGCCGCAGCAACAAAAGAAGAAGAUCGAGGGAGCUGCUCUGAUUGGUAUCGAUGUUGCGAAAGAGGCUGAUUUGGGAGAAUGGUAUCAGCAAGUCAUCACCAAGGGGCAGAUGAUCUCAUACUACGACGUCGCCGGCUGCUAUAUCCUCGAGCCCUCUUCGUACGCCAUCUGGGAACAGAUCAAAGCAUGGUUCGACUCUCAGAUCAAGACUCUCAAGGUCCGCAACGCGUACUUUCCCAUCUUCAUCAGCGCAGAUAACCUGGAGCGAGAGAAGGAGCACGUCGAGGGGUUUGCUGCUGAAGUCGCAUGGGUGACCAAAGGUGGAAAGUCUGAUUUGGAGAAGCCCGUCGCGGUGCGCCCCACAUCUGAGACUGCCAUGUACCCUUACUUCGCCCGCAAGAUCCAGUCACAUCGCGAUCUGCCCCUGAAAUUGAACCAGUGGAACAACGUUGUUCGAUGGGAGUUCAAGCACCCCAUGCCCUUCAUCAGAUCUCGCGAGUUCUUGUGGCAGGAAGGUCACACCGCCCAUCUUACCAAGAAGGAAGCCGACGAGGAAGUCUUACAAAUUCUGGAAUGGUACUCUCAAGUAUACCAAGAUCUGCUUGCUGUCCCCGUUGUUAAGGGUACGAAGACCGUCAACGAGAAAUUCCCUGGAGCAGAUUACACUACGACGAUCGAGGGCUUCAUCCCUGCCACCGGUCGAGGAAUUCAGGCGGCUACAUCUCAUAUGCUUGGGCAGCAUUUCUCGAAAAUGUUCAACAUCACUGUCGAGGAUCCCACUGCAAAGGAGGCCGGCAAAUCAGAGCAUGUUCACGUCUGGCAGAACUCAUGGGGUCUUACCACGCGAUCCAUUGGUGUCAUGAUCCUGACACACGGAGACAACCGGGGUCUGGUCAUUCCUCCUAGAGUCGCUGAAGUUCAGGUCAUUCUCAUUCCGGUCGGAGUAACCGCAAAGAUGUCUGCUGAGGCCAAGGAGGAUCUGUACAGCAAAGUCAAGAAGAUUUCGGACGACUUGCUUGAAGUAGGAGUACGUGUGGAGACCGACUAUCGGGAAGGCUACUCUCCUGGCUGGAAGUUCAACGACUGGGAGCUCAAGGGUAUUCCUCUACGCCUUGAGUUUGGUCCCAAGGAUGCUGAGAAGGGUGUUGUCACUACAUCGCGCCGUGACAUCGACGACAAGGACGCCGCUCGUGGAACUAUCAGUGUUGACGACCUCAAGCAAGAGAUCCCCCAACUUUUGGAGAAGAUCCAGAAAGAUAUGUUCGACCGUGCCAAUAAGAAAUACAAGCAGCACCGUGUGCAACUCACUAACUGGGACGACUUCGUUCCUACCCUGAAUGGCAAGAAUGUUGUCCUCGUCCCUCACUGCGAAGGUGACAAGUGCGAAGACGAGGUCAAAGAUAAGAGCGCGAAGAAGGCGUUGGGCGAUGGUGUCGCAGAAGACAAGCAAGCCCCUGCCAUGGGAGCCAAGAGCUUGUGUAUUCCCUUUGAACAGCCUGAGGGCAUUGAUGGCAACACAAAGUGCAUCAAUCCUGACUGCACUACUCCCGCUAAGGCAUGGGUACUGUUCGGAAGGAGUUAUUAGAGAACGUAUCGAGCUUGGAUUGUCUUACAACCCCAGGUAUUUGGUGGUUAGGAGUUGACGGCGGUAGUUUCGUAGCAUGGGAAAAGCUGCGCGGAUGACUGGCCAUAUUCUGUUCUACUGUGUGUAAUACACAAUCAAGGUUAGAACCAAAAAGGUUCUGAACCCUUCAACUCUGUGUCUCUCGAUGUCCGUUUGCUCUGUUCCACCUGUUUUGGUCGUUUACUCGAGAAUGGAAAGCAAACAAAAAGUAAGGUAGGCAAGCAGACGAUCAUGAUCAUGCACUCUACGUCAAUCACUGGCUUGAUGUGUCGCGAACAGCGU